GACAGAGAGACAGACAGAGAGAGAGACAGAGAGAGAGCGACAGCCAGCUAACAAGUGCCAAACUUGAGGCCAGCCUCUCUCCUCCCAUCUCAUUCUUUCCUAUAUGGGCACCCACAGAUGGACUUGCAGACGGCGCACUAACACACUGAACAUUGUUGGAGAACUUAGAGGAACUCUCUGAUCUCAAGAAAACAACGAAAAUUAACAGAAAAGUCUACGAAUAUCCUCGCAGCAGAGUUUUCUCUUUCUUCUGAGCAGCUUUAAAAAGAUAUAUAAUGGCGACACCCAAAAACACUCCCCGCGGUGCCAACACCCCGCUUUCCCCCAACCGCAUCACCCGUCUCCAGGAGAAGGAGGACCUGUCCAACCUCAAUGACCGGCUGGCCAUCUACAUUGACAAGGUGCGUUCUCUGGAGAACGAGAACGCCGGCCUGCGUCUACGCAUCACUGAGUCAGAGACAGAGGUCAGCCGGGAGCUGACGGGUCUGAAAGCUGCUUAUGAGAGCGAGCUGGCUGAUGCCCGUCAGACUCUGGACUCUGUGGCCAAAGAGCGAGCCCGUCUGCAGCUGGAGCUGGGCAAGCUGCGAGAGGACUACAAGGACCUGAAAGCGAGAAACACCAAAAAGGAGGCAGACUUGGUUGCAGCAAUGGCGAGGCUCAAAGACCUGGAGGCUCUGCUGAACUCAAAGGAUGCAUCCUUGACGACGGCUCUGGGAGAAAAGCGUAACCUCGAGGUGGAAAACAGGGACCUGAAGGCGCAGGUUGCCAAGCUGGACACUGGUAUGGCCGAUGCCAAGAAGCAGCUGCAGGAUGAGAUGCUGAGGAGGGUGGACGGAGAGAAUCGCAUCCAGACCCUCAAAGAAGAGCUGGAGUUUCAGAAGAACCUUCACUCUGAGGAACUGCGGGAGACAAAGCGGCGUCAUGAGUCUCGAAUGGUUGAGUUGGACAACGGUCACCAGCAGGACUUUGAAAGCAAGUUGGCCGAGGCGCUGAUAGACAUGCGUAACCAGCACGAACUGCAGUUUAAAAUGUACAAAGAGGAGAUUGAGAAGACCUACAACUCUAAGCUGGAAAAUGCCCGUCAGUCAGCGGACAGGAGCAGCCACCUGGUUGGAGCGGCACACGAGGAGCUCCAGCAGACACGAAUCCGCCUGGAGUCCACGUCCACUCAGCUCAGCCAGCUGCAGAAACAGCUGGCGGCCCGCGAGGCAAAGUUAAGGGACCUGGAGGACGCCCUGUCUCGGGAGCGGGACACCACCCGUCGCCUGCUCGGGGAGAAAGACAGAGAAAUGGCUGAGAUGAGGCAGCAAAUGCAGCAGCAGCUGGACGAGUACCAGGAGCUCCUGGAUGUUAAGCUGGCUCUGGACAUGGAGAUCUGCGCUUACAGGAAGCUGCUGGAGGGAGAGGAGCAGAGGCUGCGCCUCUCCCCCAGCCCCCCGCCCACCAAAGUCACAGGAAGUCGCUCCUCCACCUCAGGAGCUCACUCUCGAUCAGUCCACCACUACAGCGCUCACAGCUCUCCUGCCAAGAGGCGUCGCCCCAACGACACUGACAGCGAGGCCUCGAGCAUCGCAGGAGGAGCUGUGGCCCGCACUCGCAUCACCCAGCAGGCCUCAGCCAGCGGACGGGUCACUGUGGACGAGGUGGACCUGGACGGGAAAUACGUCAGACUCAGCAACAAAGCAGAUGAGGAUCAGAAUCUGGGGAACUGGCAGGUGAAGCGGCAGGUGGGAUCUGGCAGUGCAAUCAUCUUCAAAUUUCCAGUGAAAUUCACCUUGAAGGCCGGCCAGAGGGUCACGAUCUGGGCCUCUGGCGCUGGAGGGACCCACAAUCCUCCCUCUGACCUGGUGUGGAAGACUCAGCCUUCUUGGGGCACCGGAGAUCUGUUCCAGACCACCCUGAUCAGCGCCAACGGAGAGGAGAUGGCAAUGAGGAAGGUCACACGCACACAGUUUGAAGAAGAAGAUGACGACAUGGUGGCUCACAGCACCUGUGGAGACAGUGAGUACAACCUGCGGAGCCGGACGGUGGUCUGCGGCUCAUGUGGACUUCCCUCAGACAAAUCCAGCAACUGCUCCGUGACCUCAGCCUCCCGCUCCUUCCGCAGCGGAGGGAUCUCCGAGGGUUUACUGCCGCACUCCUACGUGUUCAGCACCAGCACUCCUCGCAAGUCUGGAUCCAGAAUGGAGAACUGUCCAAUCAUGUGAGACCUGGAUCCACGCUGAAACACUCCAACUCUAUUCAGUUUUUAGUCAUUUAGUUACCAGUUGUAGUUAUUAAGUUCAUGUAUUUUGGAAUAAUUUUCAAGCUAUUGUAUGCAAUGAAACUUUAUACUGCUUUUUUAUAAUGUACAUAGGCAUGUUUAUGAAGUAUUUUCUUGAAUUUAAAUGGUGAUUAAAACUGUCACUUUUGUUUGUAUUGGGUGGAAAUCUUUACACCAGCCUUAUCAGCCUACCACCUCUAACAGCUUAAAACAAAAGUUGGGGGUAAUUUAUACUGAAAUACUUGUUUGCUAGUAAAAAAAAACAAAAAAACAACUUGUUUCUAGUAGAUAAAAUAACACUUUCUUGUGCUGUUUGUAUCGCAGUUCAAUCUGAUUUCUAUUACAAUACUUGAAUAUAAUUGAUGCAGGAGCUUUGCAGAAAAUUCAUAUGUGUUCACAUGUUUUGAAAAGUACAUUUAUUCUUAAUAGAAUUUGUUUCUGGAGUGAAAGUAAAAUGACCCCGACCUUGCUACAGAUCCACAGAAUAUUUUGUAUUUUUGCUAAUAUCAAUAAAUUUGUUUUCUGAA